ACGCCGUGCGCAUUAAUAUGUGGCCGCGGCUGCUUUUGGCGAGAUAAGAUUGAAACGUGACCUGAAGAGCGUGUCCAGAGGCAAAUUAUCCUGUUUUUUUGUUGUUGUUAUAUCGUCCCUCAAAAGAAAAUCCCGUCACACUUGGACCCAAUGUGACUGGUCGGCGGAUACAUUUGAAUAUCCCGCCCUGCCCGGAGACUCCUCUGAGCUCCGCCACACAACGCUCUCCCGUCCAGAGCAGACGGUUGUGUUUGUGUGGACGAGCUCCGACACGACAACAUUUAAAACAACUUCGCUACACUACUACCAGUCACCAGCUCCGAAUCACCACUGCAGCCUAACGGAGGAGAGCUUUUUUGUUUAUCCAGCUUCCCCCCCCUGAAGAUGAGUCGCUCGGAGAACUAACCACCGUGGCCGGGAUGAGUGGGAGCUCCGCGGCGUCCGGAGGAGCGCCCUGCCGCUUCGCCCACUACUUUGCUAUCUGCGGGAUCGACACUGAAACCGGAUUGGAACCGGACGAAUUAGCAGCUUUGUACCGAUGGCUAGAAGCAGACCGCCAAGGCAGGGAUCCAGACACUGCAGCCACAGGAGAAAACUUCGAACAGAGCCCCCUGAAGAGGACGUUUAAGUCCAAAGUUCUGGCCCGCUACCCUGAGAACGUGGAGUGGAACCCCUUCGACCAGGAUGCUGUCAACAUGCUGUGUAUGCCUAAAGGCCUGUCGUUCAGGACCCAGACGGACCAGCGGGACCCGCAGUUCCACUCCUUCAUCAUCACAAGGGAGGAUGGCUCUCGGACCUACGGCUUCGUCCACACCUUCUACGAGGAGGUGACCAGCCCGCAGAUCUGCUCCGCCAUGCAGACCCUCUACCAGAUGCACAAUGCAGAGAGCGCCACCGCCAACACCCCUUCCUCCUCCUCCUCCUCCUCCUCCAGCAUGGACUCCCUAGCCAGCAGUUUGGAUGAGGUUGACUCCCCCACCACCACCUCGUCCCGCCGGGCGGGCGGUUACGACUCAUCGCGGGACACCCUCUACGUGUCCAAGGCCCUGUGCCUGAUCGUGCCCAUGCCCUUCAUGCACGCCUGCCGGCGCUUCCUGUCCCAGCUGCACAGGGCCGUGACGGCGGCGGCCGCCCCCCCGCUGCCACUGGAGAGCUACGUUCACAACAUCCUGUACGAGGUGCCGCUGCCGGCCCCGGGACGCUCACUCAAGUUCCACGGGGUGUACGAGCCCAUCGUGUGCCAGCGGCCCGGGCUCGGGGAGCUGCAGCUGGCCGACUUCCCCCUGGCAGAGGCCUUCAGUCUGCUGGGAGUGGAGAACCUGGUCCAGGUGUUCACCUGCACCAUGCUGGAGAUGCAGAUCCUCCUGUACUCGCACGACUACCAGCGGUUGAUGACCGUGGCCGAGGGCAUCACCACCCUGCUGUUUCCCUUCCAGUGGCAGCACGUCUACGUUCCCAUCCUGCCAGCCUCUCUCCUCCACUUCCUGGACGCUCCAGUCCCCUACCUGAUGGGCCUGCAGUCCAAAGAGGGCGCCGACCGCUCCAAGCUGGAACUGCCUCAGGAGGCCAACCUGUGUUUUGUGGACAUUGACAACCACUACAUCGAGCUUCCAGAGGACUUUCCCCAGUUCCCCAACAAGACCGAGUUCAUCAAGGAGCUCAGCGAGGUGCUGUUGAGCUUCGGCAUCUCCACCAACACGGCCCCGCCGCGGACCCGCACCAGUCCCGGCAGCGCUCCCGGCAGCACACCCUCAACCCCCGGCAGGGAGCGCAAGACCGUCGUCCUGCGGCAGCUGGAGGACGACGGGCGCAACGGCAACCUCGCGGGGGAGGAGCUGGCGGUGCUUGAGCUGCUGCAGGGGAACGCCACCCUGGAGAGGCUGCAGGCCCUCACCAAGCGCACCGGGGUGACGGUGGCCCGCGUGGACGCCCUGAGGGCCGGGGUGAGAGCUCAGGGCACCGAGGGGCAUGGGGGCCGGACGGCGGCUGACGAGGAGGAGCUGAGGAACGCCAAGCUGAACGUCCAGCUGAGGGAGGUGUUCGCCAGCCGCUUCACCACCAUGUUUGCAGACUACGAGGCCUUCGUCAUCCAAAGCGCCCCGGACCUGGAGUCCUGGCUCACCAACAGGGAGCAGAUGCACAACUUUGAUAAGGCCUCGUUUCUGUCCGACCAGCCGGAGCCCUACCUCCCCUUCCUCUCCCACUUCAUCGAGACGCAGAUGUUCGCCACCUUCAUCGACAACAAGAUCAUGUCGCAGUGGGAGGAGAAGGAGCCACUGCUCCGCGUCUUCGACGGUCGCAUCGACAAGGCCCGCCUCUACAACGUGCGCGCCCCCAGCCUCCGCUCCUCCAGCUACCAGAGGUGCUCCAUCCUCAAGGAGUCCGCUCAUGCCAUCGAGCAGCGGCUGAUGAAGAUUGACCACACCGCCAUCCACCCGCACCUGCUGGACAUGAAGAUCGGUCAGGGCAAAUACGAGCAGGGAUUCUUCCCCAAACUGCAGGCCGACGUGCUCAACACAGGGCCGACCAGUAACAAGUGGUCUCACAGGACGGCGACCGCUAAGCGAAGGCAAGACCGUCACCGACAACAAACGGAGCACCUGGGCCUGGACAACGACCUGAAAGAGAAAUACAUGCAGGAGGCCCGCAGCCUGGGGAAGAACCUCCGGCAGCCCAAACUGUCCGAUCUGUCCCCCGCCGUCAUCGCCCAGACCAACUGGAAGUUUGUGGAGGGGCUGCUCAAGGAGUGCCGCAUGAAGACCAAGCGUAUGCUGGUGGAGAAGAUGGGCCGGGAGGCGGUGGAGCUGGGCCACGGUGAGGCCAACAUCACCGGACUGGAGGAGAACACUCUGAUCGCCAGCCUGUGUGACCUGCUGGAGAGGAUCUGGAGCCACGGGCUGCAGGUCAAACAGGGGAAGUCGGCCCUGUGGUCCCACCUGCUGCACUACCAGGCCAGAGAGGAGAAGCUGGAGCAGCAGCAGGCCGAGUCGCCAGUGUCAAAUGUUCCAGAGAGGAGGAAGUCGGACUGUUCAUUAGCGAUGCCGUGUCUCCGCGUGUCCCUCAUACAGGAUAUGAGGCACAUCCAGAGCAUGUCCGAGAUAAAGACGGACGUGGGACGAGCCCGGGCCUGGAUCCGCCUGUCCCUGGAGAAGAAGCUGCUCUCUCAACACCUCAAACAGCUGCUGUGCCGACACGCCUUAACCAAGAAGCUGUACAAGCGCUACGCCUUCCUGCGCUGUGAGGAGGAGAAGGAGCAGUUCCUCUUCCACCUGCUCUCCCUCAACACCGUCGACUACUUCUGCUUCACCAGCGUCUUCACCACCAUCAUGAUCCCAUAUCGAGUCGUCAUCAUCCCCAUCAAGAAGCUGAGCAACACCAUGACCACCUCCAACCCCUGGGUGUGUGUUUCUGGAGAGCUGGGAGACUCAGGCAUCAUGCAGAUCCCCAAGAACGUCCUGGAGAUGACCUUUGACUCUGCUUUCAGGCCUCACAUGCACAUCUCCGCCUUGUUCAAGGUUAGAGAAAGCCCCCUGCUCCACCUUUCAUCCAUCUCCCAUUACCUCCAUCUGUCCUGUCACCUGUUUCCCCAGUAGCCUGUGUUGUCUUGUUAAGUUUGGAUC